GAUGCUUCGAACCAGGAUGCGCUUCUGCGUGGCCAUGGCAGUUCCGAUGAUCAUGGCGACAGAAGGCUUCAUGUUGUCGAGCCCAACCAACUGGAGCGUGCGGAGGCAUCACGGCGUCAGGGCAAUGUCGGGCAUGGCAGGAGGAGGUUCGGAAAGCAAACGAGCUCUGUGCAUCCUGGCAGAGGGGUUCGAAGAGCUGGAGGCCGUCGCUCCCAUCGACAUCCUUCGGCGGGCGAACAUCGAGGUCACCGUUGCUUCCCUCUCGCAAGAUCGCCUGGUCAAGGGCCGCAAUGGCAUCUCAGUCAUGGCGGACGUCGACCUGGACGCGGCGCUCAGCACCUCCUCCUACGACGCCAUCAUCGUCCCCGGUGGCCCCCCGGCCGUCCCCUCGAUCGGAACCCUCAAGAAGGACAAGCGUGUGCUUGAGCUCUUGCAGCAGCAAAUGAGCGCUGGCCGCGUCGUCAGCGCCAUCUGCGCUGCUCCCUCCGUCCUCCACGAGGCCGGCGUGCUCGAGGGCAAGAAGUACACCGCCCACUUCUCCGUGGAGAGCGUCGUGCCCAAGCUGGACAAGAGCUCGGCUGUGGUGGUGGAUGGGAACUUGAUCACGUCACAGGGAGCAGGGACAGGAACGCAGUUCGGGUUGGCGCUCGUGGAGAAGCUCAAGGAACAGGCUACAGCGGACGAGAUCGCCGCUUCAAUCUGCUGGAAGGGAUAAGAAUGGAGGGAGGAGGAGGAGGAGGA